UCGGAGAGGUUUACCAAAAUGGCCAAACGUACCAAAAAGGUUGGAAUUACUGGCAAAUAUGGCACACGUUACGGUGCCUCUCUACGUAAAAUGGUCAAAAAGAUGGAAGUAACCCAACACGCAAAGUAUACUUGCUCAUUUUGUGGUAAGGAUGCUAUGAAACGUUCUUGUGUCGGCAUCUGGUCUUGUAAGCGAUGCAAGAGGACUGUAGCAGGAGGAGCUUGGGUAUUCUCCACUACUGCUGCCUCAUCAUGCAGAUCUGCUGUCAGGAGGUUACGUGAAGUAAAGUAAUUUAAAUAAUAAACAUAAAAAAA